UCCCUCUCCGUCAAGUCUUUAUUUGUUCUUUGCUGUGGGCUUGAAAUUAAGGGACUGCACUGCUAGUAACGCUUGAACGACAAAUGCCAGAGCUGUGUAAGUGCAAUUUGAGGUGCGAGCUGCAUUUAUAACAACAUCUUUCGGUGGAACAGCCAGACGAGGAUAGUCUUCUAAAAGCAGCUGAAGCAGGUACUGCGGAGUGUUUGGAGCUUGGUCAGACACGGAAGAGGACAAAAUCACCACGAGUCAUCUUGCCUUUGUCCUCCUGCUGGAUUUCCGUGACUAGAAGACAGUGAGGCUGAGAAGACUGAAAUUCUGCCUCACGUAACACGGUAUUCGCAGCCGUAGCUCUCCAGCUCUAGGGCCGCCUCUCGCUCUCGGAGCCCAAGCCGAAAGAGAAGCGGGGUGUAUAAGGAGGUUUUCAGGAACAUGGCUCGUACUAAGCAAACUGCCCGUAAAUCUACCGGUGGUAAAGCCCCUAGGAAGCAGCUCGCUACAAAAGCUGCUCGCAAGAGUGCGCCCUCUACUGGAGGGGUCAAGAAACCUCAUCGUUACCGGCCGGGUACUGUGGCUCUCCGUGAAAUCAGACGUUAUCAGAAGUCCACUGACCUUCUGAUUCGUAAAGUUCCAUUCCAGCGUCUGGUGCGUGAAAUUGCUCAGGACUUUAAAACAGAUCUGCGCUUCCAGAGUGCAGCAAUUGGUGCUUUGCAGGAGGCAAGUGAAGCCUAUCUGGUCGGCCUGUUUGAGGACACCAACCUAUGUGCCAUCCAUGCCAAACGUGUCACAAUCAUGCCAAAAGAUAUCCAGAUAGCACGCCGCAUGCGUGGAGAACGUGCUUAAACUUCACGAUGAGGGGAAACAUUCUUCAUUCUCAAAAUGGAAAAAAAAACCCACCUCUUCCUGUUAUUGGUUGUUUUGAACGUCAGAUUGUUUUUUCCCCCACGGGGUCAAAAGGUACCUAAGUAUAUGAUCACGAAUGGAAAAAUAGGGGAUAGAAACGGGUAUUAGCAAGUUUUUUCCAUUUUCAUUUGUGUGUGAGUUUUGAAUAUAAAUGCGAGGACAUAAAGCAUUAAUGCAGUGAAAUGUUUCUGUGAACAAGUUUCAACAAUUCAACUUUAUAACAAUUAUAAAUAAACCUGUUACAUUUUUCUGGACAAUGCGAAGAUUUGGAUUUUUUUAAAAAGUAAAUUUCUUAUUGAUGACAAUUAAA